CACUGUUAAGGUCUACACUAUUGGUAUUUUUAUGAGUUAUUAAUGAUCUUUCCAUACAAAUUUGGGUCAUUUUAUUGUCCGAGUUGCUUGCAGUUUCCAGCUUUGCCCAUCUUAGAAUAUAUUACCUGGACCAAUAAUUAACCAGUUGACCUCACUUCCUAAUCGUUCUUUGAUACUUGAGACUCAUCGUUCUAAGCUAGUUAACUUUUUUCAAGCAUGAGGAUCAAAAAUAAAACAAAAAAAAUGAUACUCCCUCCGUUCCACUAUAGAUGAUGGUUUCGAAAAUAUCAAAGUGAUGUGGACCUAAAAAAUAACCCUAAAACAUUUUCUAAAUUGAAAUGGAGAGAAUAUAUAAUAUGGGGAAAAUUCACUAUAUAUCUUAUUUUAAUUUUCUUUUCUCAUUAUUUGUAUCGGUCAAAGACGAAGGGAAUCGUACAAGACAGUAUGUUAUCCCGGAACACCAGCAACUAUAUGACGCAGCAAAAGAUGGCAACUGGGGAUGGGCUGAGCAAUUUUCUAGAGAUCAUCCAGGGAUGAUGACGGUAGAGAUCACAAACGAUAAAGAAUUAGCAUUGCAUAUAGCUGAAGAUCAUACAAAGUGGGAGUUUUUGGAAAACCUUAUACAACUCAUGCCACCAGAAUCACUUGACCGAAAGGAUAGUAAGCAUGGGUUCACAGCACUUCACACCACUGCCACGGAAGGAAACACCAAAGUUGCUAGAUUGAUGGUGGACAUAAAUGGUACUUUGACACAAAUACGUGAUAAGCGUGGAAGAGUGCCAUUCCACAUAGCUGCAAAGUAUGUUUCUGGUGGACAAACUGAGCUUUCGAAAUAUCUUUAUCAGGCCACUGACAAAGAAGUCGUCGCCGGUCCUCUUGGUGCUUCCCUCCUGUGUGAUUUAAUUGAUUCUAAUUUCUACGAGAUCGAUUUGUCUCUUCUGCAACGAUUCCCUCACUUAGUCACUGAGAAGACUGAAGACUCUGGUGCAUGUGCACUAGAAGUGCUUGUUCGGAGACCAUUUUCCUUUCGAAGUGGAAAUAAGACAGCAUGGUGGCAGAACCGUAUCUACCCUUUUCUUCAAAUGGAUACAACAGCCCCUGAUGAACCUGGCAGAAGUACAGCUUAUCAAAUAGAACCUACGGCUCCUACAGACCUUCGUAGAAAUACAGGUAGUCAAACCAACACAGCGGCUCCUAGUUACCUUGGCAAUAGUACAGGUCAACUGGAUGACAAUAGCAGAUGUACGGUUCUUCAAGUUGGUUUGGCAUCUCCCAAUGACCUUGGCAGUAGCAAUCCAGUUUUUCAAGUAUGCACCAUGGCACCUAAUGGCAUUAGCAGCAGCACAGUUAUUCAAGUGGAUGCAGCAACCACUAAUGAACUUGGCAGCAAUACACUUCUUGAAGUGGACACAGAGGCACCUGCUAAUCUUGGCAGCAAUACAGCUCUUCAAAUAGAUUCAACCGUUAGUAGUAAUGACCUUUGCAGUACAGCAGUCCCUCAUGUGAGGGCUCCUAAUAACGAACGCGGAAGCAGUACGGUUCUUCAAGUGGACACAACAACUCCUGAUAACUUCGGCAGCAGUACAGUUCCUCAAGUUGACACAAGGAUUCCCAGUGACCUUGACAGAGCAGGAACAGAGAACUGGGAAGCUCGAUGAAUUUUUUGACAAUGUGUCAAGAAACUAUUUCAAAGCUCAUCCUGGUCCAACCCCUCACUUGCUUAACUCGAGUUCCUCUUAUUAAGAAACUUUGCAAGCAGAAGUUAAUUAACAAACAAGCCUCUGAAUUGGCGUCUAGUAUGUUAGAACAAAUAGCUUUGACGAAGAACAAGUCAGAUGUUUUAGAUUUUUUUAAAACAUCUAGCCUCAUGAAGACAGCUAUAACAAACGGAACCACUGAAGUUGUAGAACUGUGUAUCCAGAAAUUCCCUUAACUAAUUUGGUCUGAAAUGGAGGGGCAAUCAAUGGUGCAGAUUGCUGUCAGAGAAAGAAAUUAAAAAGUAUUUAAUUUCCUAUGCAACAAGAGUGAGGAAGAUUGGAUGAACUAAAUCACAGAAUUGAUGGAAGAGGCGGUGGAAUUUAUUUUGCUUGAGAGGUACAGGCGAGUCAGAAACAAAGAUGGAUAUACUGCUCAACAGAUAUUUAUCGACGAACACAAAGGCUUGGUGAAAGAAGGAGAAAAAUGGAUGAGAUAUACGUCACAAUCACGUAUGUUAGUAGCAACACUUAUCUCCACAGUAGUGUUCGCAGCCGCUUUUACUGUACCCAGUGGUAGUUACAAUGAUGCUAACGGAAACAUCAAUCGCCUCCCAAGCCUUCUGAAUAAGAAUUCAUUUAUUGUCUUUGCAAUAGCAGAUUCCUUAGCUCUCUUCUCUUCUGAUACAUCUAUUCUAAUGUUUUUAUCCAUCCUUACAUCACGAUAUUCAGAAGAAGAUUUUCUUAGAGGACUACCACAAAAGUUUAUCCUAGGUGAUCUCUUCUUUUCAUUAGCCACCAUGAUGAUAUCCUUUGGUUCAGCAGUAGAUAUUAUGGUUUGCCAGAGAUUGGCAUGGAUUAUUGUUCCUAUAGCAAUGCUUGGUUGUGUACCAAUGACAUUGUUUGUGUGGUUGUUAUUUCCGUUGUUUGUUGACAUGAUUUAUUCUACGUAUUGGCCUACGAAACUUCAUCAAA